GUCACAGACUGACUCCGUUUAUGUCAUAGUUCCUCACCCACGAACCGUCAAGCGAGCAGAAUUAAGUGUAAUGCUGUUUUAUUCCUCUGGAGAUUGCUGCUGGAUUUGUGUUGAAAACAGCUAUCUGGAUGAAUUUGUGUGAAGAUCCAAUGGCAGACCAAAGAAUGGACAUCUCCUCCACUAUGAACGAGUUCAUGUCUCCCAGUUCCAGAGACCUGAUCAGUAGCUCUGUGGGUACGCCAGGCCUGGACUACACACGCAAAAGGAAGGGCAGCACCACCGAGUACCAGAUUGAUGGGUUUUCAUUUGAUGAUAGUAUGGACACAGAUAAGGAAAAACAACUUGGAAGUUCCAGAGACGAGCAGCAAGGCCGGAUGAAAAAUGCCAGGGAAGCCCACAGUCAGAUCGAGAAGAGACGCAGGGACAAGAUGAACAGCUUCAUCGAUGAACUGGCCUCCCUCGUGCCCACCUGUAAUGCCAUGUCCCGCAAGCUGGACAAGUUGACGGUCCUGCGCAUGGCCGUGCAGCACAUGAAGACGCUGCGAGGGGCUACAAAUCCAUACACAGAAGCAAACUAUAAACCAGCAUUCUUAUCAGAUGAUGAGCUGAAGCAUUUGAUAUUGAGGGCUGCUGAUGGAUUCCUCUUCGUUGUGGGCUGUGAUCGUGGCAAGAUUCUCUUUGUGUCAGAAUCAGUUUAUAAAAUUCUCAACUAUAGUCAGAAUGACCUGAUAGGCCAGAGUCUGUUUGACUACCUGCAUCCCAAGGACAUUGCCAAAGUGAAGGAGCAACUGUCAUCUUCCGAUACAGCUCCACGAGAACGACUCAUCGAUGCCAAAACUGGUCUGCCUGUGAAGACUGACAUCACUCCAGGGCCCUCCAGGCUGUGCUCAGGAGCACGACGCUCCUUCUUCUGCCGGAUGAAGUGCAACCGGCCCUCUGUCAAACUGGAAGACAAAGACUUUCCCUCCACCUGUUCCAAGAAGAAAGCCGACCGCAAGUGCUUCUGCACCAUCCACAGCACGGGCUACCUGAAGAGCUGGCCGCCCACCAAGAUGGGCCUGGACGAGGACGGCGAGCCCGACAACGAGGGCUGUAACCUCAGCUGCCUGGUGGCCAUCGGCCGCCUGCACCCCCACAUUGUGGCGCAGCCCCUGAACGGCGACAUCCGCGUCAAGCCCACCGAGUACGUCUCCCGCCACGCCAUCGACGGCAAGUUCGUCUUCGUGGACCAGAGAGCAACUGCCAUUUUAGGGUAUUUACCCCAGGAGCUACUGGGAACAUCCUUCUACGAGUAUUUUCAUCAGGAUGACAUCAGUCAUCUCGCAGAGUGCCACAGACAAGUUCUACAGAUGAGAGAAAAAAUUAAUACAAACUGCUACAAGUUUAAGAUCAAAGACGGCUCCUUCAUCACUCUGCGUAGCCGAUGGUUCAGCUUCAUGAACCCCUGGACCAAAGAGGUGGAGUACAUCGUCUCCACCAACACUGUGGUGUCAGGCAGCGUGCUGGAAGGAACUGACCCCAGCUACCCGCAGUCAGCAGCCUCCCCUCAGAGCAUGGACAGUGUGCUCACCUCCGGAGACGGUGGAGGAAAGCGGACCCUCCAGACAGUGCCAGGCAUCCCCGGGGGCACGCGAGCUGGAGCAGGCAAAAUCGGUCGCAUGAUUGCUGAGGAGGUGAUGGAGAUCCAGAGGAUCCGAGGCUCUUCCCCCUCCAGUUGUGGUUCCAGCCCCCUCAACAUCACAAGUACUCCACCUCCGGACACCUGUUCUCCAGGGGGCAAGAAAAUUCAAAAUGGAAUCCCCCCAGACUUAUCCUCUACUGUCAUUGUGCCUGGACCAGACUCAAUAGGUUACCCUUACUCCAACAACUCCAUAAUGAGUGACAACUCCCAUCUGAGUAUUGACAUCAUGGACGAACCUGGUUCCAGCAGCCCCAGUAAUGACGAGGCAGCUAUGGCUGUCAUCAUGAGUCUCCUGGAAGCCGAUGCCGGCCUGGGUGGACCUGUGGACUUCAGCGACCUGCCCUGGCCCUUGUGAGACCAGCACAACAGCAUCUAGCUGCCCCAUGGAGCUGCCCCCAAUCCGGGGGGUACUGAUAUCCUGAUUCAGGCUCCGGCCCCCCAACGCAGGCCUCUUCAGCCUCUCUGUGGGACAGUUGGAGGAGGAAUCACGCUACAACUCAUGUGCAGUGGAGUGUAGAGAAAAACAGCACCACCUCUGUCUAAAUAUAGAAACUCCCACUCAAAACACACACCUCAGUUCAGCUCCACACCACCAUCCUCUUGUUUCAGCCAUUAUCCAGCACGCACACGUCUCUGUAUAUACUGCACUUAUCAGUAUGGUACCUGAUUCUCACACACACACACACACAGACACACACACAAAAGAUCUAUUAUGUAUACUUUUUUUGUUUGUGGUUUGAUGUUUUUACACUACAAAUGGUAUAAAUGUUAAAUAUUACAUAUGCAGAUUGUAACAAAUACUGUAAUUCUAUUAUGUAAUUCUUUAUGCAGAAAUAUAUAUGGUAAAGAUGUAUUGUAACAGCAGUGGAUAUUUUUUAAAUAAAAUAAAAAAUUAGCAAGAGUUA